AUGGAUCUAGAUCCACCGUCUUCAAGUCCGAGAAAGGUUAAAUUUGCUCCUAAAGGACCUCCUCGCAGACCAACGAGACAGAUCGAACUGAGGACUGAAGAAGAGGGUGACGAAGAUGAUAACCGCGAAGAUAAAGCUCUCCUUCGCCGGGUGAACGAGCACUUAACAAGACGGCGAUCCAGAGCCGAGAAGAAGUCUUCCGUGCAAGUUGCAUUUUCACAUGGAGUUGCAUCAAAUUCCAUAAGGUCAUUUGGCAAGCAAAGGGAAAGGAAAGAUGAUCAAUGCAAUGUUACAGGAUUAAGAGAUUUAGCUUAUGAUGGCACGGAGAUCCCUGUCAAUAUGCUGCCAUCGGAUGCAGAUAUUCGUGAAAAUUUUUCAGAUUCGACCAGCACUUCACUUUCGAAGAAAAAAGGAGAAUACAAAGAGCCUUGGGAUUACGAUCAUAGUUAUUAUCCCAUUACUCUUCCUUUGAGGCGGCCUUAUUUGGGAGAUCCAGAACUCCUUGAUGAAGCAGAAUUUGGAAAAGCUGCAGCAAAAUUGGAGUAUGAUGAGAAUGCUACUACUUCUGCUUCAGAUCUUGGUUUGCUGGAGAAAGUCGAUGAACCACAGAUGCUUUUUCUUCAGCUUCCUCCCAAUCUUCCCUUCACCAAGCGGCCUGAUAGUGUAAGCAGGAGAGACACAGCCGAUCACUUAAAAUCUUCCACGAUGUCAGAGACCAAUCAGAAAGUGACAGCUGGCAAUGUCCCCGGGUUUUCAGGGUAUUCUGCUGGUACGAAAGGAAAAGAGAUUAUGGGGAGCUCAAUGUAUCCGGGGAGUUCAUAUGGUUCAAGAAAAGGAUGUAGUUUGGAGGAGCUGCCUGGGGGAUACAUGGGCAAAAUGUUGGUGUACAGAAGUGGUGCAGUUAAGUUGAAGUUGGGAGAUGUUCUGUAUGAUGUUUCUCCGGGUUCUGAUAGUACUUUUGCUCAAAAUGUUGUUGCUGUCAACACCGUUGAUCAACAUUGUUGUGAGCUGGGCGAACUCAGCAAGCGGGCCGUUUUAACUCCAGACAUUGAUUCUCUUUUGGAUCAUGUGAUUGAUUUGGGGUAA